AUGAACGUCUCAGCACCGGGGCCACUGCCGGCGGGGCACUCCGGCGAGUGCGUGCCCAGCGACCUGGUGCAGUUCGUGCUGGUGCCCGCCGUCUACUGCCUGGUGCUGUGCGUGGGGCUGCCGGGAAACCUGGUGGCCUUGCUGGUCUUCCUGCAGAGCGGCAAGGUGAGGAAGGCCAUCCGCAUCUACCUCAUCAAUCUCACGCUGGCCGACAUCCUCUUCAACCUCACCCUGCCCCUCUGGAUCCCCUACUACCUAGCUGGGGGGAACUGGCUGCUCUCGGAGGCUGCCUGCCGCCUGGCCGGGGCCGCCUACUACCUGGCAACCUACAGCGCCAUCACCUUCAUGGCGCUCAUCAGCUUCAACCGGUACUGCGCGGUGCGGGCGGCGCGGCGGGAGCUGCCACUGACGGGGCGCCGGGGUGCCACGCUGGCCUGUGCCCUGGCCUGGCUGCUGGGGCUGGGCUGCUCCGUGCCCACCUUGGCUGCCCGGCAGACCUUCCCUGCCCGCGCCGGGGCCACCGCCUGCUUUGAGCAGCACGGGCAGCAGCGGGCGUAUGCCUAUGCCAUGGUGGGCUUCUUUGCUGCCGCCUUCCUGGUGGUGCUGGGCACCUACGCCUCCAUCGCCCGGGAGCUCUCAGUGCCUGCUGCCGCCCUGCCGGGCUCCCACCGGCAGCAGGCGCGUGCCAUGGUGCUAGGGAUGCUGCUGGUCUUCGUGGUCUGUGUGGCCCCCUACCACCUCACGCUGGCCCCCUGGGUGGGCAGCCGGCCCCCUGUGCCACUCUGCGGGCCCCCCGCCACCCUGGACAUGCUGCACGCGCUGAGUGUGGCCCUGCUCAGCUUCAACAGCUGCCUCGACCCCCUCGUCUACUGCUUCUCCAUCCGGCGCUUCCGUGCUGACCUGGGACGGACCCUGCGCAAGAUCAGCCGGUGCCUCCCGCUCUCCCCACCGGCCCCUGCUGGGCCCAUGCCCAGCGCCCGCACAUCCUCCUUUGCCUCCUCGUAG